AAAGUUUGAAAAAUUUUAAUGGAGGAACAUCUCAGUCCAUUAGCUGUUACUCAUCUUCUUCAACACACACUGAGAAGCCUGUGCAUUCAUGACAACUCUCAAUGGGUUUAUGCAGUCUUUUGGAGGAUCUUACCCAGAAAUUAUCCACCUCCCAAAUGGGAUGGUCAAGGAGCUUAUGACAGGUCAAGAGGAAACAGGAGAAACUGGAUAUUAGUUUGGGAAGAUGGUUUCUGCAACUUUGCUGCCUCGGCUGCUGAUAUCAACUCCGGCGACUGUCCCAGUUCAUCGGUUCAUGGCGGCGGUGAGUUUCAACACUGUCAAGGUCUUCAACCGGAGGUUUUCUUUAAGAUGUCACACGAAAUCUACAAUUAUGGAGAAGGAUUGAUAGGAAAAGUGGCUGCAGAUCACAGUCACAAGUGGAUAUACAAAGAACCAAAUGAGCAGGAAAUCAACUUCUUGUCAGCAUGGCAUAACUCGGCAGACUCAUUUCCUAGGACAUGGGAAGCACAGUUCCAGGCAGGAAUAAAGACCAUCGCUUUGAUUGCAGUUAGAGAAGGUGUUGUUCAACUAGGAGCUGUUCACAAGGUAAUUGAAGACCUGAGUUAUGUUGUGCUACUAAGAAAGAAGUUCAGCUACAUAGAAAGCAUUCCCGGAGUACUCUUGCCCCACCCUUCCUCUUCUGCUUACCCUUUCAAUGGCACACCGGAACCAUGGGGGCAUUUUCCGUCAGGGUCAUCGAUUGCGCCACCACCUCCACCUGAAUUCUACGAUCAUUUCAGUCAGCCAAUGAAAAUAACUCCUUCCAUGAGCAGCCUCGAAGCCCUUCUUUCCAAGCUUCCAUCAGUCGUGCCGCCACAAGCUUCUGCCGGGUACUGCGAGUCUCAGCCGGUACAGUCGCAGUUCUUAUCAUCGCAAAGGUCUGUCGAAUACCAUAUGGGAAUCGAGAAAGUGGCGAAAGAAGAAAUCGAUGAAGAGUAUAGGCCUGAACAAGAUAUGGGUGAAAGCAGCACCUCCAUUUCUGCUUAUCAUCGUCAACAGCAUUAUCUUCACCAACACCAUCACCAUGAUCUCAUGUAAGCAGCUGUAGGCCCAACAAUGGAUUUUGAUAUCAUAUAAACAUAUGUGGAUUGUGCAUGCGAACGGUGCACUGAUUUCCUCUAACGUUAUCAAUUA